AUUUAAUGAUGCUUAUGGAAAGACAAGUUUCAAACGUGGAACAGAAUUCUAUCAAAACAAUGACAGAGGUUAGAAAUAACUUGGAAGAUGAAUUGUUGAAUUAUUUGGCUGAAAGUGAUGCAAAUUUUAAAAGUCAACAAAAAGAUGAUCCUGAAUUAACAUUUGAAGAAAAGCGAACAAUUGCAAGUAAUUUACUUCAAAAAAGUCAUUGUUUAUUUCUUGCAAAAUUUGGACAUUAUUUACGUGAAGAACAUUUAAAAUAUUUUGAUAACGCUAAGGAUGAAAAUUAUGAAAUAUCCUAUCAUAUAAACAGAUUACACAGACAUUUUAAUAAUUCUAUAAGACAAAGAGAUAUAAAAAAUAGGCGAUAUGAGGCACUUAAAAAAUUGAUAGAGGAAGGAGAAUAUUUCAGUGAAUGUGAAAUGAUGAAACGGAACCCAUUAUUAUAUGAACAACUUGUUGGACAAUAUUUAACAAAAAAGCAAAAAGAAACUCGUGAUAAUAUAGAUAUGAAAAGUAUUACCUUCGUUCAUCUCCUCAUGGAAAGUAUUGAAAGAGAUUGGGCUAAAGAACGUGAAAAAUUACAAAAAGAAGAAGAAGAUAAUGUUCUAGAAGAGAAUGAUUCUGAUGAUUCUGAUGAUAAUGAAGAUGAUGAUGAUGAUGAUGAUGAUGAUGAUGAUGAUGAUGAUGAUACAAAUGAAAAUUGUUCCUUGAAACUUUCAAAUCUGAAAGCGGAACAAAAUAAAUCUUGGGGUGAAUUAUCUAAUGUUCAAGUUAAUAAAGAAGAUGAAAACAAAACAAAACAUAUACAUAAAUAUAUACAAAAAAUCUCAACAAAAGAAAAAGAGAUACUUAAAGAGGAAUUUGUAACACAUAUGUAUCAAAGCUUUCUAGAAGGGAAAGAUCCUGAUUUUGAUUAUAGCAUGGUCGAUAAUAAUGAAGCAUAUGAUAAUGUAGAUUUGCGAACUCAAGAUGAAGAAGAAAAAUAUUUUGAUUCAGAAUCUCCUGAAACUAUUAUUCCAGAAAAUGGCAUAGUUCAGAAUGAAUCUGAAGAUGAAUUGGAUGCUUACAUGCGAUCGUUGAAGGAACAGACUUCUACAAACACAUAUAGUGUGGACAAUGAGACAUGAAUUUAUAGAUAUAGUAUCUUAGGAUAAAUAUUGUAAAUAUAAAAACAAAGACUUUUAAAAGAUUA